AUGAAAGUUGGCAUUGUGAACGCAGGCAAUAUUGGCCUGCGGCUAGCCUUUUCCUGGGUCCGCGUUGGCUACGAAGUGAUGCUCAGCAAAGACACGCAUCCAGAACGGCUUCGAGAGCGCGUCCAAGAAUUCGCCCUGGAAAACGGCAUCGGCGAGGAAGUGGUAGCUCGGUUUAAAUACGGCUCGAUAACGGACGCGGCGAAAUUUGGCGACCUUGUCAUUCUGUCCGCAUAUUUCCCACGCCUGCCUUAUAUUCUGAAAGAGCUGCAACACGACGGCAUUACGCUGGCGGAUAAGAUCGUGAUUGAUACAAUGAAUCCACUCAAUGUGGAUGCCGAUUUCAAUCAUUACCAUGACCUCGAGUACAUGGACAGAACCUCGAUUGCGGAGGAGAUCCAGAGAGCGUUCCCAAAGGCAGUACUUUUCAAGGCCUUCAACUCGAUCCCUGCAACACUCUUGGACGCCCAGAAAUGGGCAUCGUCUGGUCGUGUGCCGCCUAUAUUCUUCAUUGGUGGAAAUGGAAUUGCAUCUUCAGUUGGCACCGUUCGAAAGCUUAUCGAGGACGCUGGGUUCAGGCCCCGGUUUGCGGGCUACGAUCUGAAUCAUUCAGGAUUGUUGGAGCGGUUGGGGAUACUGUUGCAUCUGUUGGUGGAGAACGAAUAUCGGGGCAGCUUCAAUGUCGUUUUCGAUGUCGUGGAAUGGGAGGCUUGA